AUGCCAGUGGAGGAGAUGAGGCGCAAGGAUGUGAAGGUCUCAGCAGUGAUGCAGGAGACAAUAGCACAGAAGGUUUAUAACAAAGCUCAGAAAAUGCUAAAUCUUAAAGGAGAAUUGAGAGGUGCCAAGGAAAUGAAAGAUGAGGCCGAGGUGGGGGAGAGAGACAGAGACGUAAGCAGUCUGAACAGCAAGCUCUUGAGCCUGCAAGCUGACAUCAAGAAUCUACACAAUGUCUGCAAGAGACAGGGGAAGACCUUGCAGGAGAAUCAGCUCUGUGUGGAAGAGGCCAUGAUGAACAGCAGCCACAGUAAGAAGCCAGCGUUAGCAUUUGAGGAAUCACACAUGGAUUUUGAGCCCAAUAAGCAGUGUCAUCUAAGGCAACUCCAACAACUCAAGAAAAAGCUGCUGGCCUUUCAGCAAGAACUGGAGUUUCGCACCGAGGAGUUGCAGACUUCUUACUGUUCCCUCUUGCAGUAUCAGUCCGUCCUGGAGAAGCAGACUUCUGACCUGGUUAUUCUCCACCAUCAUUGCAAGAUGAAAGAAGAUGAGGUGAUUCUCUAUGAGGAAGAACUGGGAAAUCAUAAUGAGAACACAGGAGAUAAGCUCCAUUUGGCCCAGGAGCAACUCGCCUUGGCUGGGGACAAAAUCGUCUCCCUCGAAAGGAGCUUAAAUCUCUACAGGGAUAAAUACCAGACUUCCCUGAGCAACAUCGAGUUACUUCAGUGCCAAGUGAAGAUGUUGGAGGGGGAGCUCAGCGAGAUCGUCGGUCAGGAGCCUGAGAACAAGGGUGAUCAUUCAAAGGUGCGUAUAUACACUUCUCCCUGCAUGAUUCAAGAGCAUCAGGAGACCCUGAAACGAUUAUCUGAAGUCUGGCAAAAGGUCUCUGAACAGGAUGAUCUAAUACAGGAACUUCGAAAUAAGCUAGCCUGCAGUAACGCUUUGGUUCUGGAGCGUGAAGAGGCUUUGAUAAAAUUACAAGCAGACUUUGCUUCCUAUACAGCCACCCACCGACACCCCCCUAGCUCCUCAGAAGAUUGUGAAGACAUCAAAAAGAUACUGAAGCACUUGCAGGAGCAGAAAGACAGCCAGUGCCUGCACGUGGAGGAGUACCAGAACCUCGUGAAGGAUCUGCGCAUGGAGCUGGAGUCCGUGUCAGAACAGAAGAAAAACAUCAUGAAGGACAUGAUGAAGCUAGAGCUGGACCUGCACGGGCUGCGGGAGGAGACAUCUGCCCACGUGGAGAGGAAGGAUAAGGAGGUCAUCAUCAUACAGCGGCGGCUGCAGGAGCUGCAGACGCAGUUCACCGAGACACAAAAGCUGGGUUUGAAGAAAGACAAGCUCCUCCAGGAGAAAGACGAAAUGCUGCACGAGCUAGAGAAGGAGCUGGCGCAGGUUCAGAACAAUCUCGUGAAAAAGGAGAUGGAGCUGGAGAAGCAGCAGUGCAUGACAAACGAACUCGAAAUCGCCAUCCAGGAGGAGAGGCAGGACAAGUGCAAGGUCGAGUACGGGCACCUGCGAGCUGAGAUCAAGAAGCUGAAGGACUGUCUCGAAGACGCCAAGCAGCAGCAGAGGCUGGCUGCUCAGCAAGCAGCCGACUACAAAGAAGAGGCCUUUAUGGCAAAUGACAGCCUGGAGGACUGCCAGAGGAAGCUGCAAAGCUGUAUUUGCCUGGAGAAGCAGCAGGCAGAGACCAUCCAGGAGCUCCAGAGGGAGCUUCAGAAGCUGCAGAAGGAUUCCUUGACGGCUGAGGAGGAGCUCGCCCCCAGCAGGAAACGCAUAGAGGAGCUGACAUUAGAAUUCUCUGAGGUCACGAGAAAGCUUGAAAUUUCAGAGAAGGAAAAGAGGCAGCUUCAGAAGACACUGGCCGAGCAAGAUGUAAAACUGAAUGAACAGCUAGAUCGUAUAAACCACAUUCAACACCAGAACAGGGAGCAAGCCUCCUCCAAAAGCAGUCUAGAAGAACAACUUCAGGAGGUAACCAGAUUGCUGGAGGAGAAAAAGGAGCAACUGAAAAAGAGCAAAGAUCAGCAGAAGUUAGUGGAGCAAGAGUUCGAGACAUUCCGACUAGAAGGAAGAAGGAAAGAAAAGAUGUCCAAGGAGAAUCUGAGAAAGAUGGAGGAGGAGAAUGAUAACCUCAAAUCACAGGUAAAGCAAUAUAGUAUACAACUGGACACCUCGCUCUGCCAACAAAACAGCACCCAGCAAGUCAACGAGGAGCUGACUAAUAAGAUAACCUCUCAGAAGGAGACCAUAGCGAGUCUGAAGAUUCAGCUAGACAAGGCUGGGGAGAAAGAGAAGCACUACCUCCAGACCAUGAUCAGUAAGGACGUCUAUGAGGAGUUAUGCCGGAAGUCAGCCUGCUGCCAGGACGACCUCACACAAGCCCUGGAGAAGCUCAAUCAUUCGACCUCAGAGACAAAGAAUCUGCACCGGAGCCUGACACAGGCCCAAGACAGGAAACUUCAGCUGGAAGAAGAAAUCAUUGCCUAUGAAGAGAGGAUGAAAAAGCUGAAUGGGGAGUUAAAAAAACUGCAGGGCUUCCAGCAGCAGAGCGAGCUAGAGGUGCAAGCCUUCGACAAAAAGCUGGAGGAUAUGAGCAACCAGGUGCUGCAGUGGCAGAAACAGCACCAGUGCGACCUCAAGAUGCUGGCUGCUAAAGAGGAGCAGCUCAGGGCAUUCCAGGAGGAAAUGUGCGCCCUGAAAGAGAACCUCCUGGCGGACGAGAAGGAGCCCUGCCUGCCCCAGCGGUCUGCACCCAAAGACAACUGCAGGAUGCACCGAGAGAAUGAUCAGAUUAUGUCCAACAUGGAGCAAUGGGCAAAAGAGCAGAAGAUUGCCAAUGAGAAACUAGGAAACAAGCUCCGGGAACAGGUCAAAUAUAUCGCCAAGCUGACUGGUGAAAAGGACCACCUCCACAAUGUGAUGGUCCAUCUGCAAAAGGAAAACAAGAAGCUAAAGCAUGAAAUAGAGGAGAAGAAGCUGAAAGCUGGGCCCUCGAGGGUGUAUGCUAAAGCCCUAUGCCAAAGCAAAACAGAACCCACAAUCAGGGGAAAAGUGUAUGGUACCUUGGGCUGGAGGGGGAUAACCCAGGAUGUGAGCCAAAGAAUGGACAUCACCAAGUUUGUCGGGAUACCCAACUGCUCAGGUUCCUCAUUUUGCUAGAAUCAGCGCCUUGCCCUGAGCAUCAUUUCCACGCAUGUUUUUCAGAGGACAGUGAGUUCCCAUCCCUCUCUCUUGACUUGAACCAGCUCUAAUGGGAAUAUGUCAAGGUCCCAGGCUAUUCUGCAAGAUGCUAACCUUUUACUGAGUUUUGUCCACUUCCUGCUGUGGAGUGAGCCUUGGAACCAUACUAUACCCUCUCCGGGCCCAAAUUCUAAAAUAAAGACAUGAACACAGACAUCUCUGUGAGCUCUCGGUGUCUUGCAGACACUUGUGCCCACUCAAGUCCCCAGCAAUGUGGUCAUCCCCAUUUUCUCUGCAUUCUAAAAAAACAAGAGCUCUCUUUCACAUAUGUAGUGAAAGUCAGUCAUGUCUGACUUUUUGUGACCCCAUUGACUGUAGCCUUCCAGGUUCUUCUGUCCAUGGAAUUUGCCAGGCCAGAAUACUGGAGUGGGUAGCCAUUCCCUUCUCCAGGGGAUCUUCCCAACCCAAGGAUCGAACCGGGAUCUCCUGCAUUGCAAGCAGGUUCUUUACCGGCUGAGUUAUGUAUG